GUGUGGGUGGCUGUGCCAGUUUAAAAGACUAGACGAGGCAGAGAAAUGCUUACUGUGAUGGUUAAGAAUGUGGUUACAGAUUAGCAGGGGAGCAGUGAGGUCUGAUGUACAAAGAGUCAGCUGGGAAAAUAUGCUCAGUGUUUGGGGGUGAGGGAAAGAGGAAGGCUGAGAGGAGAGAGAGAGAGAAGCACUACCGAAGGCAGAGAUGUAUAUGUGAGAGAGAGAGAGCGAUACAAGGACAGACAGCUCUGAGGGGAGGAAACACUUACACAGACUCUGUCACACCUUCCACACAGCCUCGCAGCCUCUGUGAGAGACUCAGCAGAUCUUGACGCUGUGAGGAAAGAUGCACAUGAGAGGAGCAGGACAAUAGCUCCUGGGAGAAAUACAUGCUCAGGACUAUACAGCAGCAUUUCAGAGAGAGCAACAGAAGCAACGUUUAGAGGUUUAUUUUGCUGCUGAGGACCUUAAAGAGGACAAGAGCUUUAUGUUCUUUGGAGGGGUUUCUCCUCUUCUGCUGCCGCUGUGAGGUUACAGUCUCCGUGCUCCCGUGCACAGCAUCAGAAAGAACUGGUUUUAAUAGCCUGAGACAAUGAGCGAGGCGAAAAAAGGAGAGAUAGCAAUCCGGGAUAAAGCCAUCCUGCACCAGCAGAGGCGUCUGAAGCAGGCCACCCAGUUCACACACAAGGACUCUGCUGACCUCCUGCCCCUGGAUGGUCUGAAGAGACUGGGCACAUCUAAAGACUUG